GGGCGCAAGAAGCAAUAACAAACAAACCUAGCAGUAAGCUAACGCAACUUUGGGAUACCGAACAUACAGGAAAAGUUUCUCCUUUACUGUGGACAAACAUAUUAUUGGUUAAUACACCACUAGCGGUGCAUGAUACCAUGUACACGGACUACAGAGAAGACAUAUAGUAAUCUGUCACGGAUACGACUUAACGUUAACUGUUUAGUGCAACUGUAUCGAGACCAAGGAUGGUUCGCCUUGGUGUGUGGUGCGCAGGAGCUCAAUGGUCUAUCCUUAUAGUGGUUUUUUGCAGCAUACUGGUCCCCUCACCCACACAUGCCUAUAUCUAUGCUCAUUAUAGCAAUAUGACCUCCAUGUUGUUUGAGGACCUGCCUGCCUUGUUUGGCGCCCCACUUCCUAAAGAAGGACUAAUGGGAGUGUUGGUGGUGUCCCGCCCGCUUAAUGGCUGUACAGCAAUAGACCCUCCUCCUCCACUGCCACCAUCUUAUGAUGCCAACACCACCAAAUUCAUCGCUCUCAUCAGACGCUAUGAUUGCAAUUUUGAUUUUAAGGUGUUGCAUGCACAGCAAGCUGGAUACAGUGCUGCAAUCGUUCACAACAUGUAUUCAGACACUUUGCUCAACAUGAACUACAGCAAUGAAACUAUUGCAGAGGAGAUUGAGAUCCCCUCUGUAUUCACCAGCUACUACGCCUCCCAAAUUCUCAGGAAUUUCAUAAUUCCAGAACAAGGGGCCUAUGUGAUCCUCAAACCGGAGUUUGCUUUCCCCCUCUCAUACUACCUUAUCCCCUUCACUGGAGUUGUAGGCAUGAUCAUUCUUGUGAUGUGUGUUGUCUUGAUUAUUCGCUGUGUACAGUACAGAAAGAGGCUGAGGAAAAAUCGUUUGUCUAAGGAACAACUGAAGCGGAUUCCAACCCACCGUUUCCGUAAAGGGGAUGACUAUGACGUGUGUGCAAUCUGUCUGGAUGAGUAUGAAGAGGGAGACAAACUGCGAGUUUUACCUUGUUCUCAUGCCUACCACUGCAAGUGUGUAGACCCUUGGCUCACACAGACCAAGAAGACGUGUCCGGUGUGCAAACAGCGCGUCACUCGGAACAACCCAGACCACUCCGAAUCCGAGUCUGAGGAGGAAACCGGAGGGCGCGGGGAGGAAGAAGGGACGGAGGGUGAAGCAGACACCGAGCGCACUCCGCUGCUCCGGCCCUCCAACCCGGGGUCUCCCUCAGUGAGCCCGGGGGCCUAUUCAGCCACCACCACCACUGCCCAGUGCCUCGUCUCCCCUGCACGCUGCGACUCGCCCAUCCUGGCCUACGAAGGCUACCACUCACCCCAGGAGGACACGGACUCAGAAAGCGAUGAUGCAGGAGAGUACAGGCGCCACACUGAUGACGACACUGCUCAGCUCAUUGGUAGGGAUAGAGUGGAGAUCUGAUGACUGAAACUUAGCUGCAAAGAGAUUACUGCGUGUCAUCGGACGUACUGUUAUCACACCGUACUUUUAAACACUUUCAGAUUUGUGGUUAGCUAGAAUCUUUUACCCAGUAACCAGAGGAGGUCUACUUGUUGGUGUCAAAGCACAUGCCGCACUCGCAUUGAUCAGUUUUACCAAAAUUCAACACUGAGCAUCAACCCACUUCUGUGCACACACUCACUUCAGUGCACCUAUAUUUGUCCGUAGACCUUCUUCUUUAAUGUAAUUCACAAGUUGACCACGCCACGUGACCUAACCACUAGUGCUGCACACAAUGAGUGGGCCACUUAAAUGUCUCGGUAAUCUAAUGUGCUGUUUAAGUAGGAGUGUGACUCUAGUAGAUGAAGCCUGUGUUGCUAAACAGAAUGAAUUCUACGCUCACACUUAAAGUGGAUCUUCUAGGUUUGUAAAGUUAAAGUAAGGUUAAUGCAGUUUGAAGACUCUCUGUUGUCUUAACCAUAAUUGUUUUCUACGUGACAGUGCUUCUUCUCAGCUUUGAAUCGUUUCCUAACGAGGACGUUCAAGUGGAGUGGAAGUGCUUGUCUUCAUUUUAUUUUUUAACCCCUUUAGCUCUAUUUUCACAUUUUUUUAAAAUCUAUAUUUCUGUCCUUUGAAGUGUGAUUUUUUUUCCUCAAAUUCCACUGUAAAUUGCGCUAUAAUAGACUAUUGGCAAGAUGUUAUCCAUUUCUGCUGCUUUUAAAUUGUUACUGAUAAUACUGUGCAGUCAGUCUAAGAAAAAUACUUUUAGCUUUAUCCAGUUUGUCACGUUGAACAAACUCAGGUUUAUAGCAACAAAUUAAAGGUCAGUUGGUAUUUUAGAUGAUAACAUAAUAAGAAUUAAUGGGGUUUGGUCUUAUGAAUUGUUUUAGCUUUUUGUUUUUUCUUUGAACCUAUAGAUUCAUGACUAUUUAAUGGCCGUUUUUUCCAUUUUUAUACACAACCGAAUGAUAACAUGUUGAAUCGUGGGACCCUGGAGGUGUUUUUAUGAAAAAAAAAAAAGAGCAUUGCCUUACGUUGGCCUUGAUGUACAUGUGUGUGUUAAAUUAAAUGUUUGGAAAUUGAAGGGACAGAAUCCACACUCCUUUUCUUUUCCUCUUGUCUGUAAUAUUGCUGGCUAGAAAGCCUCAGUCUCGUUCCCCGGCCUGAAAACGUGCCCCACCUUUGUUUUUAUCAUGACAAACAUAGGAAGAGAACGCCCGUGUUUCCUCAUGUUUAGUGCUAGCGGUGAUACAGAUGGUCAGCUUACACAUGCUUGAUUUGCACUUGAAAAUUUUGGACAAGCUCAGUGACCGUCAAACAAGAUAUGGUUUGUUUCUCUCCUUCAUAAAACGAGCUGGGCUAAGAAGCAGAAAGCUGUUUCACUGCUCCAGGUCAAUAAAUGCACAGCGUUUAAUUUGGAACUGGAGUUGUUGUUUUUAGUGUGUAAUAAUCUCACAGGGUGUGGAACUUUAAAGCGACUGUCCUCUAUAAUAAGAACAAGUGCUCCAGAUGAUAUUUUAAUUGUUUUAUCAAUUAAAAUAACGUGUCCUGCUGUAUAACCUCACCUAAAACCCAACUUAUAUCUACACCACAUCAGAAAGGGGACUGAACGCCCCCCCAAACCCACCACCAAAUGCACAAAUGCAUUCUUUGCCUGAGGAUUUGUUUUCAUGAAGUUGUAUUUUGGUGUUGGACUGUGAAGAGGGGCUCAGUAGGACCGUGAAAUCAGUACAUUCCAUCCUUCCAUUUGACUGAUGAUUGAUUAAAAGACUCCACACUAUUAAACUUUGAUCGGGACUUGUUGGCAAUAUAGUCUGUAUUGUAAAUAGAACAGCUGUUUUCCAAUUUAUGCUUCAAACGUCUUUUGUACUGUACUUUUUUUUUUUUUGCUCUAUAUGUCUCAAUUUUAGAGGCUGUUAACUGAAACAAAUGAAAAAAUAUAAUCCCCAAAUUAUUCAUUUUCCUUCUUCUUUUAGAACGUGCCUAGUUUAUCACAUUUAAAUAAUAAAUGUUCAGUGUCAAGUAUAAUUUCCAUGUAUAAAGCAGGUUUGAGAAUCCGUAGGAUGUCUAAACACAGUCUGUGGAAAGCUGGAUUUCAUGUCUGAUUUGUGGAAGAUUAAAUGAUAUUGAAAUGGG